AUGCGUAAAGACAGCGCAGUUUGGGGAUUCGUCAAAGACGGCGCCAGUUCUAGUACGGAGAACAUCAUUAUUCCGACCCCCACUACGGGAAAUGAAAAGAAUCUGACCAAUGCCAGGCGCAGUGAGCACGGGGAGUGCAUCAGCAUGGAAAAAGCACAAAGGGAGGAAGGCCAAUUAGGCGAUUUCAACAGGGAAAGUAAAAUCUCUGCAGAGGGCCCGAGCGAUAGAAGUGUACCCCAGCAGAAAACCCAACAUGCAGAUGGAUUGAGCGAUAAAAGUGCACUAUCGCAGAAUGAUCAAAAUUCAGACGAGGAAAAUGUACACAGGGCCCAUAUUGACACGCUACGGAAGAUGAAGUCAAACCCAGAAAUAAAUCUAAAGAGAGGGGAAGAAAUAGUUAGAAAUGUCUGUGUGUUUGUUUCGGACGAUUUGACAUUAAAAAGGAAAAUUGAAGCCCCGCCGGAGGAGUUUAUAAAUCGACUCUCCAUGAAGGCUUUCCAUUUGUACUUCCCCCCGUAUGCCUCUUGUUACAACCAAAUUUCAAUGGCCCUGCUUUACCUAAGCGGAGACGUAGGUGACAUCCUCAUUGGACUGAAAUACUUCAUAGAGAAUCUUGAUGAGAUAAACUUUUUAGUGCUCAGCUGUAUUGCUAAUCUGAAAAGGAAAAAAAAAGUGAAGAGGAACCAAGUGAUCCUGCACCUCAUCCAGUUCCUAAGAAAUAGACUCUGCGAAGAGAACAUAAAUUAUAAAUACAGUCGGGAACAUAUGUUGGACUUUUACGAUAAUCUCAUGCAUAGCAAGAGGACAUUUUUCGAGGCAGGACUUAUGAAAGACGCGGUGGACGUGAAGGACUUGAGGCUAAUCUACCUCUACACGCACGGCAUUCGGAUGAAGAAAGAAAGCAGCUUCGUGAAGGAGGUACUCCAUCCGAUCAGUGACUCACCCUCCGAAGCGGAGAAUCCUUGUCGUGAAGGACAAGUGAAGAACGAAAUGAAUAGACGGAACCUUGUCAUUUCAAGCAGCGGUCACGAAUUAAAUUUGAAAUAUAGAAAAAAAAAAAAGAAAAAAAAAAAGAAAAAAAAAAAACUGGUGGGAGAGAUCCCCGUCCCGAAUGUACACCUAGGGUUACACUCAUGUUUUAGAGAAAGAUCCAUCUACAAUAUAGGAAGUUGUAAUAGUUCAUUUUUUUUAAAAAAAAAAAUGUGUAAGUAUACUUCCAAAUAUAUUGAGAGGUACAUGAAGGGUCGGAACAUGUGCAGAAACGGAGACACCGGCAUUUGCAGCUGUCUUUCCAGCAUCAUUGUAAGCGUAUUUAGUGACGCCAAACUUCGGGAAAAGGUUAACAUUGCCAAGAAGGAAGUCAAGAGUGUUAAAAAUGCUUUUCUUAAAAUUAAGAGAAUAGAAAAUUUGGUUGACAGGAUGAUCAAGUAUGACCCUGAAAAUGUGAUCUAUACCGGGGGAGACACCCUCCCCCAGAGAGCAAUUCAAGAGGCACACAAAUAUAAUGAAGAUGAGGAGAGAGGUAGAAGCCAAGUGAAAAGGAAGCGCUCUCAAGUGGAAGCCGAACUUCCCAAGGAGGAACCCCCCCAAAUGAUUAACGGUGAAGUGACCACUUCAAAUUGUUGUAACACUCGUGAAAGGACUUUCUCUGAAAUAUUUUCCUCAGAAAAUAGAAAAAAAAAAAAAAAAAAAACAGGAAAGAGCAAGGAGAAUAAUGCAGACAGGGAGGGUGACGAAGAAGACUCUGAUGCAGAGAGCGAAGAAAGCAUAAAAACAUACUACUACGAAAACUAUGAUUUUAAUUUUGUAUUUCUGGGAAGUGUAAAAAAGGGAUCCGAUCGGCACAGGUCUUUGUUGUUUAAGUUGCUUUGCGACUCGGUGGACAUCCCCUGCAGAUUUGUCCGUUAUGUAAAGAACCAAAGAGUCAAGUAUUUCAACCUCGUCCUAAUUCCGUCUCUUCCAGAGCAAAAUAUUCCCGAGUGCAUUAUCCCCAUUUUUUGGGAGGAAAAGACAAAAACGAAAACGAACACAAGUGGGCAGUCAAGGAUCACCAUUUCUAACUUUACGAAUAAUGUGAAAAUGACUCUUGGAUAUAUUGAUAAUUUUUUUUUGAAAAUAUGGGAAGGUAACAACGAAGUUGUAAACCUAGACGAUUACUUCAUCUUUGAGAAAAAGCUGGGAGUGGGUGGAUUUGGCGAAGUGUGGGACGUAUCCCUAAAGGAGGAUAGACAAGUUCAGACCUCAUUUUUCUUCCCGAGCAUAAAAGACACAGCGCACUUCGCGUUGAAAAUUAUGGAUAUGAACGAAUUCAACCUAAACGAGUCUGUGAUUCUGCGGGAGAAGGCACAUGCCAACGUCGUGAAGAUAUAUUGCACCUUCAAGGGAUACCAAAUGUUGUUGAAUAGGCAGCACCAGGAGGAGAGGAAGGAGUGCCUCUGCUUUCUACUGCAGUUGGCCGACACGUCUUUAGAAAAGGUCUUCUGCGACACGGGAGCGACAUACAACCUGAAUUUCGCGCGACUAACUCUGUUGGAGAUAGCGAACGUAAUGUCAUUCAUUCACAAGCCAAAUACCAAGCAGGAAUUUUACAUAUAUCGUGACUUGAAGCCAGACAACGUGUUGAUGAAGGGAAAGGAAAUCCUCCUGACGGACUUCAACCUGUCCAGGAAGGUCGACCAAGAAUUCGAAUAUCUUAUGAGUCAAUGUUGUGGCACAAGGGGUCACUUGGCACCUGAGCAGAAAAGCGUGGCUUACAACAAGACUGUUGAUAUUUGGGCCUUUGCAGUUAUUGUGGCAAAAUUUUUAAAGCACAAAAAUUUCCACUACUUUUCACAUGGAGGAUAUAAGGUGGACUUGAAGCAUUUUGAGAUUCAGGACAAAUUUCUCAUAAACUUGAUGCUCUCCUGCAUCGACGAGAACCCCUUCAUGCGGCCCACAUUUGCGGAAAUUUCCAGGAUGAUUAUUAACGAAAUUGUGAGAAACGAGCUGGAGAGGUAUGGGCGGAGCACAUUUUUGAAGAGAGAUUGA